ACUACCAAACACAUUCAACAUCAACUAAUUCCCAAAGUAAACCCUAAUUCCAUCUUUGAUCACAUCUCAGUUUCUACAAUGGCUUCCAAAGCUGCCCUAAUCUUUGUCCUCUCCAAUGUUCUCUUCUUCACAAUGGUGGCCUCAUCCAGCCCCACCUGCAAUCCUCUAGAUUUGACUGUCUGUGCCAAAGUUCUGAACCUGUUAAAAUUGAACAUAGGAACCCUCCCUCCUAAGUCAGAUUGCUGCAGCCUGAUCCCCGGUGUGCUCGACGUCGACGCCGCGCUCUGCCUCUGCGCCAGCAUCAAAUCACUCAACGUGUUGAACCUUCUUACCCUCACCCAACCACUCUCACUCGAGUUGAUUGUCAACCUCUGUGGCUGUCAGCUUCCCCCGGGCUUCAAAUGCCCAGCUUAAUUAACUCUAGAUUUCGAUGAUCCAUCGAUAUAUCUACGAGAGGCUCGAUAUAAUUUACUCGUAAUUUCUAAUAUGUCGUUUUUCGAGUUGUUAUUGUAAGCGUCUGUCUGUUUCUAGGUUUUGUUUGGUGGUCGUUCUUGUUUUCGUCGUCAUGUUAUGUUAUGUAAUAAUGUUUCUGGCUGUACGGUAGGUUCUGGCCUUCUGGAUAGCACAGGAAUCAGCAAUGGAGUAUUAGCCCUUGCUUUGAAUAAUCAUCGUAUGUUUGUUACUUGAUGCUGGAUUCCUAUUAUUAGAUUCUAUAGAAAUUAAUUUUUAUA